AUGUUUGCCACAACCGCCUUCUCUCUCGCCCUGGUCGCAGCUCUCUCUUUACCCACUCGCGCCGCCAAGUGUAUAUCACCCAGCGUGCGCCGCGAGUGGCGUCAGUUCAGCAAGGAUGAGAGAGCCGACUGGAUAUCAGCAGUCAAUUGCUUGUCGCAUCUGCCUCACAAUCCAAACUUGACCGCGACAGUUCCGCCAGAGCUCUCCCUCAUUCCGGGGAUCAAUGCGUCGGGAUCUUACUACGACGACUUCGUGUACAUUCACAUGGACCUCAAUACACGCAUCCACAACACUGGUCUUUUCUUCCCCUUCCAUCGCUGGUAUGUCGCGGUAUACGAAACAGCGCUCGUCGAAAAGUGUGGAUACACCGGUGCUGCCCCAUAUUGGAACUGGUCCAUCGACGCGAGAGACUUCAUCGACUCUGACUUCUUGAAAGAUAGCGAUCCAGCAAGCGGCCUUGGCGGGUGGGGUGACCCGGCGAAGGACUACCAAGUGCAGGACGGCGGCUUCUCCUCUUUGUCUGUCUCGUACCCCUCUCAGCACAUCAUCCGUCGGAACUUCACAGAGUACCCGUACGCCGCCAUCGACGAGCUCUUUGGAGGGACCGGCGGUGGACUCUUCCCCGAUCCGGACACCCCAGCCAACUCCACCUUCACUAUUGAGAAGGUCGCUGCAGCUGUGAACGGUUAUGUUGGUGACUUCGCUCACUUCCAGCAAUGGAUGGAGCGCGGCGAGGGCCCUCAUGCAGCUGUCCAUUUCAUCCUCGGCGGUGACCUCGCUGGAGGAUGCCCGGCCAACGCGCCUGCUAACUGCACACCUGGACCGACUUGGUCUGCAGAUGAACCACUGUUCUGGAUGCAUCAUGCUAUGGUCGAUAAAGUCUGGUAUGACUGGCAGCACGCCAAUGCGGCGAACUUCUGGGCGUACGAGGGAGGGGCGACUCAAUCCUUCACCAACGUGUCGUUCUACAACAAAUGGCCUGCUGGAGCACCGCCCAUGCUCUCGUUGGACUCCGUCAUGCCAGCAGACGGUAUGUUUGCCGAAGCGACGGUGGGUGACAUGAUGAACACGACGGGUGGUGCACUGUGUUACGUCUACGAGUGA